ACUGAAAUUAAAAUAAAAAAGAAAACAAACAAACACAACCCCACCUCUCUUCAUCUUUCUCUUCUCUCUCUCUUAGGGUUCGUCUCUCUCUCUAUUAGUAGUACUAAUCUGCCGGGUGUGCAUGCAUCUGUCCAUAAUUAUCAGUAGUAGUAGUAGUUGACAGUAAAAACAACAAGUGAUAAGAUGGCCACGGUAAGAUCCAGCUUGCCGUCCAGACUCCGUCAACUUUUGUCCGGUGAAAGCGUUAUCGGCCCUUCUAUUAAACUGGACUCCGAACCUCCUCCUAAAAUUAAAGCAUUCAUUGAUAAAGUGAUCCAAAGUCCAUUACCGGAUAUAGCAAUACCUCUGUCUGGCUUUCGAUGGGAGUACAAUAAGGGAAAUUUUCAUCAUUGGAGACCUUUGUUUCUGCACUUCGAUAUGUACUUCAAGACAUACCUGUCUAGUAGGAAUGAACUUCUUUUGUCAGAUGAUAUUUUGGAAAAUGAUAGUCCAUUUCCAAAGCAUGCAGUUCUACAAGUAUUACGAGUGAUGCAAACAAUUUUAGAGAAUUGCCACCAUAAAAGUUCAUUUGAUGGCAUAGAGCAUUUCAAGCUUCUUUUAACAUCAACAGAUCCUGAGGUUCUUUUAGCUACUUUGGAGACUCUUGCAGCACUAGUGAAGAUUAACCCCUCUAAACUGCAUGGGAGUGGGAAGUUGGUCGGAUGUGGCUCGGUGAACAGUUAUCUCCUAUCCCUUGCACAAGGCUGGGGAAGCAAGGAGGAGGGUUUGAGCUUGUAUUCUUGUGUUAUGGUGAAUGAGAAAAGUCAGGACGAAGGACUAUCUUUGUUCCCAUCUGAGGUGGAAAAUGAGCAUGAUAAGUCACAAUACCGGAUUGGUUCCACCCUAUAUUUUGAACUGCAUGGUCUCAAUUCUGAAAGUACUAGGGAUAGUGGCAAUGCAAAUUGUUCUAACUUGAAAGUUAUUCAUAUUCCAGAUGUGCAUUUAUGUAAGGAAGAUGAUCUGUUAUUAAUGAAGCAGUGCAUUGAGCAAUACAAUGUGCCCCCUGAUUUGCGGUUUUCAUUGAUAACCAGAAUUAGAUAUGCUAGGGCUUUUCGCUCUCCCAGAAUAUGCAGGCUGUACAGCAGGAUUUGCCUUCUUGCAUUCAUUGUUCUUGUUCAGUCCAGUGAUGCUAAUGAUGAAUUGACAUCUUUUUUUGCUAAUGAGCCUGAGUACACAAAUGAGCUGAUUAGGAUUGUUCGUUCAGAGGAGACUGUUCCAGGGACCAUUAGAACCCUUGCAAUGCUCGCCCUAGGAGCUCAAUUAGCUGCCUAUUCUGCAUCUCAUGAGCGGGCUAGGAUUCUGAGUGGAUCAAGUAUCAGUUUUGCUGUGGGUAACCGCAUGAUUCUUCUGAAUGUGCUUCAGAGGGCUGUUUUAUCCUUGAAAAAUUCUAGUGAUCCUUCUUCUCUUGCCUUUGUUGAAGCUCUUCUUCAGUUCUAUUUGCUCCAUAUUGUUUCAUCUUCAGCUUCUGGGACUAAUGUUAGGGGCUCAGGGAUGGUUCCUACAUUUUUGCCACUUUUGGAAGAUUCAGAUCCCAAUCACAUGCACCUUGUCUAUCUGGCUGUCAAAGCUCUACAAAAGCUAAUGGAUUAUAGUAGUACGGCUGUGUCACUACUUAGGGAGUUAGGGGGGGUGGAACUUUUGUCUCAGAGAUUACAGAUAGAAGUACAUAGAGUUAUUGGCUUGGCUGGGGAAACUGACAACUCUAUGGUCAUUGGUGAAAGCUCUAGAUGCAAUGAUGAUCAUGUCUUCUCUCAGAAGAGGCUAAUCAAGGUUCUUUUGAAGGCACUUGGGUCUGCUACAUAUGCUCCUUCAAACAAUACCAGAUCUUUAAAUUACCAUGAAAGUUCUUUACCUUCUACUUUGUCACUGAUAUAUAGGAAUACAGAUAAGUUUGGGGGUGAUAUUUACCACUCAGCUGUGACUGUCAUGAGUGAAAUUAUCCACAAGGAUCCAACUUGUUUCCCCAUUUUGCAUGAAAUGGGUCUUCCAGAAGCUUUUUUAUCCUCAGUGGUAGCUGGACUACUUCCUACUUCUAAGGCCCUUACAUGUGUUCCAAAUGGGCUUGGUGCAAUAUGCCUUAAUGCUAAAGGCUUAGAAGCAGUGAAAGAAACUUCAGCUUUACGGUUUCUUGUUGACAUUUUCACUAGUAAGAAGUAUGUUUUAGCAAUGAAUGAAGCUAUUGUUCCUUUGACAAAUGCUGUUGAAGAGCUUUUGCGCCAUGUGUCUUCACUGAGGGGAACUGGUGUUGAUAUAAUCAUCGAAAUUGUUGACAAAGUUGCUUCCUUUGGCGAUGGUAAUUCUGGAGUGUCAUCAGCAAAGGUUAGUGGAAAUACUGAGAUGGAAAUGGAUGCUGAAAACAAGCAAAAUGAUGGCAAUUGCUGUUCAGGUAGUGAAGCUGAUUUAGAAACAGAAGGUAUCAGUAAUGAGCAGUUUGUUCAGAUUUGCAUCUUUCAUCUGAUGGUUCUUCUUCACAGAGCAAUGGAAAAUUCAGAGACAUGUCGGCUGUUUGUGGAGAAGUCUGGAAUUGAAGCUUUACUUAAGCUUUUGUUAAGGCCAAGCAUUGUUCAGUCAUCUGAAGGGAUGUCUAUUGCUUUGCACAGCACCAUGGUUUUUAAGGGUUUCACACAACACCACUCUGCACCUCUGGCUCGUGCAUUCUGCUGCUCUCUCAGGGAACAUCUAAAGAAAUCUUUGACUGGAUUUAAAGAAAGUUCUGGUUUAUUUUUGUUGGAUCCCAGUGCACCACCAGGUGGCAGAAUCUUUUCGUCACUUUUCCUUGUCGAAUUCCUUCUAUUUCUUGCUGCCUCAAAAGACAAUCGCUGGGUAAGUGCACUGCUUUUGGAAUUUGGAAAUGGGAGCAAAGAUGUUCUGGAGGAUAUUGGUAGCGUGCAUCGUGAGAUUCUGUGGCAGAUUGCUUUGCUUGAAGAUGCAAAGCUUGAGGUGGAAGAUGACGGGACGAGGUCUACUGUUAUCGAGUCUCAACAGUCGGAACUGAACACGAAUGACACGGAGGAGCAACGAUUCAAUUCCUUUAGGCAGUUUCUUGAUCCAUUAUUGAGGAGAAGGACAUCAGGAUGGAGUAUUGAAUCCCAGGUUUUUGACCUUAUAAACCUUUACCGUGAUCUCGGACGUGCUACUGGAUUUCCACAAAGAUCGAGCAAUGAUGGUUCUUUAAACCGCUUUGGAUCCGUCCAUCAACCACAUCAUUCUGAGUCUUCAGAUGUUGGUGGGACUAUCAGUAAAAAGGAACAUGACAAGCAGAGAUCUUAUUAUACUUCUUGCUGCGACAUGGUGAGAUCACUUUCUUUCCACAUAACACAUUUGUUUCAAGAGUUAGGGAAGGCAAUGUUGCUUCCUUCUCGUCGACGAGAUGAUACUGUGAAUGUUUCCCCCUCUUCUAAAGUUGUAGCUGGUGCUUUUGCUUCCAUUGCACUGGAUCACAUGAAUUUUGGUGGUCAUGCUAGUUCUUCCGGGUCAGAGGUAUCUAUAUCCUCCAAGUGUCGCUACUUUGGCAAGGUUAUUGAUUUCAUUGAUGGCAUUUUGCUGGACAGGCCUGAUUCUUGCAAUCCUGUAUUGUUGAAUUGCUUAUAUGGACAUGGAGUUAUUCAAUCAGUUUUGACCACAUUUGAAGCUACAAGUCAAUUGCUUUUUGCAGUUAACAGGGCCCCUGCAUCUCCUAUGGAGACCGAUGAUGGUAAUGCAAAACAGAAUGAUAAGGAAGAGACAGUUCACUCAUGGAUUUAUGGUCCUUUAGCUAGCUAUGGUAAAUUAAUGGACCAUCUGGUGACAUCAUCACUUAUUUUGUCUCCUUUUACGAAGCACUUGCUUGCACAACCUAUGACAACUGGAGGCUCACCUUUCCCACGAGAUGCUGAGACAUUUGUAAAGGUGCUCCAGUCUAUAGUGUUUAAGGCAGUCCUUCCAGUUUGGACUCAUCCUCAGUUGACUGAUUGCAGUAAUGAUUUCAUCAGUACAGUUAUUUCAAUCACUAGGCAUGUUUAUUCAGGGGUUGAAAUGAAAAAUGUUAGCAGUAACACCAGCACCCGUAUUACUGGCCCUCCGCCGAACGAAACUACUAUUACAACCAUUGUGGAGAUGGGUUUUUCCAGGCCCAGGGCCGAAGAGGCUCUAAGGCAAGUUGGAUCAAAUAGUGUAGAGUUGGCAAUGGAGUGGCUGUUCUCCCACCCUGAGGAAAUUCAAGAAGAUGAUGAACUUGCUCGGGCACUUGCCAUGUCUUUGGGGAACUCAGAAGCAGAUGCAAAGGAAGAUAAUGCAAAUGCCGAUAACCAACCGCUUAUAGAAGAGAUGGUCCAACUUCCUCCUGUUGGUGAGUUACUAUCGACAUGCAUAAAGCUUUUGCAAGUGAAAGAACAUCUUGCUUUCCCAGUUCGUGAUCUACUUGCCUUGAUCUGUUCACAGAAUGACGGCCAAUAUAGGUCUAAUGUCAUCUCUUUUAUUCUUGACCAAGUGAAGGAUGAGAACCUGGUUUCUGAUGGCAGAAAUACUAGCACAUUAUCUGCUAUUUUCCAUGUUCUUGCCUUGAUUCUUCAUGAAGAUGCUGUAGCUCGAGAAAUGGCCUUGAAGAAUAACCUUGUCAAGAUUGUGACUGAUCUACUGUCCCAAUGGGAUUCUGGUUUGGUGGAAAAAGAGAAACCUCAGGUACCUAAGUGGGUAACAACAGCUUUUCUGGCUGUUGAUCGUCUGAUUCAGGUAGAUCCGAAACUGAAUUCUGAAAUUGUUGAACUGUUAAAAAGGAAUGUGUUGAGCACUCAGCAAGCUUCAAUCAAUAUUGACGAGGAUAAGCAAAACAAGGUGCAAUCAGCACUGGGAUCACCUUUGGAGCAAAAGGAGGCAGAGGAGCAGAAAAGACUUAUUCAGAUUGCUUGCAAUUGUAUCAAAAACCAGCUUCCAUCUGAGACAAUCCAUGCUGUUAUGCAGCUAUGUUCCACUCUCACUAAAACUCAUUCUAUUGCUGUUUGUUUUCUGGAAGCUGAUGGUGUAAGUUCAUUGCUAAACCUUCCUACCAGCAGCCUUUUUCCUGGAUUUGACAAUAUUGCUGCUACUAUCAUCCGUCAUGUGCUUGAAGAUCCUCAAACUCUUCAGCUAGCAAUGGAAUCUGAGAUAAAACAUAGUGUUGUGGCUGCUGCUAACAGACAUUCAAAUGGAAGGGUCACUCCACACAAUUUUCUUUUAAAUUUAAACUCUGUCAUCUCACGGGAUCCAGUUAUUUUUAUGCAUGCUGCACAGUCUGUCUGUCAAGUUGAAAUGGUUGGUGACAGACCAUACAUUGUAUUACUGAAGGAUCGUGAGAAAGACAAAAGCAAAGAAAAGGAGAAGGAGAAAGCACUAGAAAAAGAUAAAUUACAUACGGCCGAUGGGAAGACUAGUCUGGGCAUAAUGAACACGCAGUCACCUGGGAACGUGCAUGGAAAACCUAAUGACUCGAAUUCCAAGAGUCCUAAAGUACACAAAAGACCUCCUCAUAGCUUUGUAACGGUGAUUGAGCUUCUUUUGGAUGUAGUCACCGGCUUUGUGCCUCCUUUAAAAGAUGACGCAGUGAUGGACUUGUCGCAGGAUAUACCCUCUUCAACUGAUAUGGACGUUGAUGUGGCUGCUAUGAAAGGUAAAGGAAAAGCCAUAGCCACUAUUUCAGAAGAGAAUGAAACCAGUAGCCAGGAUGCUUCGGCGCUGCUUGCAAAGGUUGUAUUUAUCCUGAAGCUUUUAACAGAAAUUCUGCUGAUGUAUUCUUCAUCUGUUCAUGUGCUGCUAAGAAGAGAUGCUGAAGUUAGUAGCUCCAGGGGUCUUCAUCAAAAGAAUUCUGCUGCUGGUUUGUGCACUGGAGGUAUUUUUCAACACAUUCUUCACAAGUUCAUUACAUGUUCUCGUAGUUUGAAAAAGGAAAGGAAACUAGAUGGUGACUGGAGGCAUAAACUUGCAACACGAGCCAGCCAGCUAUUGGUGGCAUCUUGUGUUCGCUCAACUGAGGCAAGAAAGAGAGUAUUCACAGAGAUCAGCUCCAUUUUCAGUGACUUUGUUGAUUCUUGCAAUGGUUCUAGAUCACCAACCAAUGAUAUGCAGAUAUAUGUUGAUCUUCUCAAUGAUGUGCUUGCUGCCCGCACUCCUUCUGGUUCAUAUAUCUCAUCAGAAGCUUCUGCAACUUUUAUAGAUGUUGGUUUGGUUAGGUCCUUGACUCAUACGCUUGAAGUGUUAGAUCUUGAUCAUACUGACUCGCCUAAAGUUGUUACUGGUCUUAUUAAAGCUUUGGAAUUGGUUACGAAAGAACAUGUUAACAAUGCAGAUUCUAGUUCUGGGAAGAGCGAAAAUUCAGCCAAACCUCUUGAUCAGAAUCAAUCAGGUAGAGCAGAGAAUGUUGGUGACAUCCCCCAGUCUGUAGAAGGUGUGCCCCAGUCCACACAUGAUUCUGUCUUAGUAGACCAUGCUGAAUCGUUUGAUGCUGUUCGGUCUGAAGCUAUUGCAGAUGAUAUGGAACAGGACCAAGAUCCUGAUGGUGGUUUUGCCCCUGCUUCAGAGGAUGACUUUAUGCAAGAAACUUCAGAAGAUAUGAGGGGUGUUGAGAAUGGCAUGGAUACUGUUGGUAUACGAUUUGAAAUCCAACCUCAUGGGCAGGAAAAUCUUGAUGAAGUUGAGGAUGAGGAGAUAUCUGCGGAUGAAGGAGAUGAAGUAGAUGAAGAUGACGACGAUGAUGAGGAUGAUGAAGAUGAUGAGGAACAUAAUGAUAUCGAAGAUGAUGAAGUACACCACUUGCCACAUCCUGACUUAGACCAAGAUGAUCAUGAUAUGGAUGAUGAUGAGUUUGAUGAGGAAUUGUUGGAAGAAGAUGAUGAAGAUGAGGAGGAAGAUGAUGAUGGAGUUGUACUUCGGCUGGAGGAGGGUAUCAAUGGGAUAAAUGUUUUUGAUCAUAUUGAGGUUUUUGGUAGAGACCAUAGCUUCCCUAAUGAAACACUUCAUGUGAUGCCAGUGGAAGUUUUUGGUUCUAGACGUCAGGGACGAACUACAUCCAUUUACAAUCUUCUUGGUAGAAACGGUGACAGUGCUGUCCCUUCACGCCAUCCCCUUUUAGUUGGACCUUCCUCUUCGCAGUCAGCUGCUACCAGGCAAAUAGAGAAUGCUCAUGAUAUGACCUUUUCAGAUAGGAACUUGGGGAACAGCUCAUCUCAGUUGGAUACUAUUUUCCGGUCACUAAGGAGUGGGCGCCAGGGACAACGUUUGAACCUGUGGAGUGAUGAUAACCAGCCAAGUGGUGGAUCUAAUUCAUCUGUACCGCAAGGCCUGGAGGAGUUGCUUGUUUCACAGUUGAGGGGACCAGUUCAUGAUAAACCUUCUGGUCUAAAUACAUCAUUGGUGGAACAUACAAAUGAUGGAGAAGCUGGUCAGUUGCAUGGACCAGAUGCUGCGCAACCUGAAAUUCCUGUUGAGAGCCAUGUGAAUAAUGCGAGCAGCAAUGUGCCUCCUUCCUCUUCUGUAGCAGUGGAUGUAUCUGGCAAUUCGGAAAUGAGGGCAGUGACAAAUGAUUCUCAAUCACAGUCUAUUGAAAUGCAGCUUGAACAUAAUGAUGCUACUGUCAGGGAUGUUGAAGCAGUGAGCCAAGAAAGUAGUGAAAGUGGGGCAACUUUAGGGGAAAGCCUCCGGAGCCUAGAUGUUGAAAUUGGAAGUGCUGAUGGCCACGACGAUGGUGGAGAAAGGCAAAGUUCAGCAGAUAGAAUGCAUUUGGAUCCACAGGCAACUCGAACUAGGAGAACAAACGUUUCUUUUGGGAACUCUACAGCUGUCAGUGGGAGAGAUGCUUCUCUUCACAGUGUAACUGAAGUUUCAGAAAAUUCAAGCAGAGAAGCAGAUCAAGAUGGCCCAGCAGUAGAGCAGCAAAUUAGUGGUGAGGCUGGUUCUGGAUCAAUUGAUCCAGCCUUCCUGGAUGCCCUUCCUGAGGAGCUGAGAGCUGAAGUUCUUUCUGCUCAACAGGGUCAAGCAGCGCAGCAGCCUUCAAAUGCGGAGCAACAAAACACAGGAGAUAUAGACCCAGAGUUCCUUGCAGCCCUUCCUGCUGACAUCCGAGCAGAAGUCUUAGCACAACAGCAAGCACAAAGGCUUCAUCAAAAUCAUGAACUAGAAGGUCAACCUGUUGAAAUGGAUACAGUUUCUAUAAUUGCAACAUUUCCUUCAGAAUUGCGUGAAGAGGUUCUCCUAACAUCAUCGGAUGCUAUUCUUGCCAAUCUCACUCCUGCUCUUGUUGCGGAGGCAAACAUGUUACGUGAAAGAGUUGCACAUCGCUAUCAUAAUCGCACACUCUUUGGCAUGUAUCCUCGAAGUCGACGCGGCGAGUCUUCUCGCCGGGCUGAAGGUAUUGGAUACAGCUUGGAGAGAGUUGGGAAUGCUGCACGCAGGUCCAUCUCUGCUAAGCUAGUAGAAGCUGAUGGCGCUCCUUUGGUCGGGACAGAAGCUCUCCAAGCAAUGAUACGGGUGCUCCGUAUUGUCCAGCCCCUAUAUAAAGGUCCUCUGCAGAGGCUUCUGUUGAAUUUAUGUUCUCAUGGUGAAACCAGAACUGCUCUGGUGAAAAUCCUAAUGGAUAUGCUGAUGCUUGAUACAAGAAAACCUGCCAAUUAUUUAAAUGCUGUGGAACCAUCAUUUCGGCUUUAUGCUUGCCAGAGCAAUGUGAUGUAUUCUCGUCCACAAUCUUUCGAUGGGGUCCCACCAUUGUUAUCUCGACGGAUUCUGGAGAUGCUGACUUACUUGGCUCGAAAUCAUCCCUAUGUGGCAAAAAUAUUGCUUCAUUUUAGGCUUCCUCUUCCUACAUUACAGAAGCCAGAGAAUUUGGAUAAAUCACGUGGAAAAGCUGUCAUGGUAGUUGAAGAGUAUGAAGCAGAUUCAAAGCAUCACGAGGAAGGAUAUAUUUCUCUUGCGUUGCUCUUAAGCCUCUUGAACCAACCUCUUUAUUCAAGGAGUGUAGCACAUCUUGAGCAGCUGCUUAGCUUAUUGGAGGUGAUAAUCGACAGUGCUGAAUGCAAGCAAAACUUGUCAGAUAAACGUGGGGCUGUUGCUGAACAACCCUCCACUCUCCAAAUGUCAACAUCAGAUGCUAGAGUGAAUAUGGAAUUAGCUGGUGCUUCUACUGUCGUGGCCGUUUCAUCAUCCACAGCCAUUGAUUCAUCCAAAUCAACAGCUUCUGCUGCAAAUAGUGAAUGUGAUACCCAGACUGUACUGCUGAACCUUCCACAAGCAGAACUUAGACUUCUCUGCUCAUUCCUUGCUCGGGAAGGUUUGUCGGAUAAUGCAUAUACUCUUGUUGCGGAGGUAAUGAGGAAGCUGGUGGCAAUUGCUUCAAUGCAUAGCCGUCUGUUCAUUCAUGAGUUGGCGGAUGCCGUAAAAAAUCUGACAAAAUCUGCUAUGAACGAGCUGCGGCUAUUUGGUGAAGAGGUUAAAGCACUCCUGAGAACAACAACAUCCGAUGGAGCUGCGAUUUUAAGGGUUCUGCAGGCAUUAAGCUCACUUGUUACUUCACUAGCUGUUAAAGAGAAGGACAAACAAAUUCUUUCUGAAAAGGAGAAUAGUGCCCCUCUUUCUCAGCUAUGUGACAUUAAUGCUGCUCUGGAACCUUUGUGGUCAGAACUGAGCACUUGUAUAAGCAAAAUAGAGGGCUAUUCAGAUUCUGCAUCUGAUCUCCUGGUUCCGAGUACUUCCACAUCAAAACCAUCUGGUGUGACACCUCCACUCCCUGCGGGCUCUCAAAACAUCUUACCAUACAUCGAGUCAUUCUUUGUAAUGUGUGAAAAGCUACACCCUGCACAGCCAGGUUCUAGUCAUGACUAUGGUGCUGUUUCUGAAGUGGAUGAUCUGAGCAUGUCCGUGGGCCAGCCGAAAACUUCAGGUUCUGUUUUGAAGGUUGAUGAAAAACAUGUUGCUUUUGUGAAAUUUUCUGAGAAACACAGGAAGCUUCUUAACGCAUUUAUCCGCCAAAAUCCUGGAUUGCUUGAGAAAUCAUUCUCUCUCAUGCUGAAGGUUCCUCGCUUUGUUGAUUUUGAUAAUAAACGAUCUCACUUCAGAUCUAAAAUAAAGCAUCAGCAUGAUCAUCAUCAAAGUCCUUUGAGGAUUUCUGUGAGAAGAGCUUACAUCCUAGAAGAUUCAUAUAACCAACUGCGCAUGAGGUCAGCCCAAGAUUUGAAAGGAAGGUUGAAUGUUCACUUUCAAGGAGAGGAAGGCAUUGAUGCUGGUGGGCUUACAAGGGAAUGGUAUCAGUUGUUGUCCCGGGUUAUUUUUGACAAAGGAGCAUUACUUUUUACUACAGUAGGCAAUGAUUCAACUUUUCAGCCCAACCCUAACUCAGUUUACCAAACGGAACACUUAUCAUACUUCAAAUUUGUUGGAAGAGUUGUGGGGAAAGCACUUCUUGAUGGGCAGCUUUUAGAUGUUCAUUUCACUCGAUCUUUUUACAAGCAUAUUUUAGGAGUUAAAGUUACUUAUCAUGACAUUGAAGCUAUUGAUCCUGAUUACUUUAAAAACCUUAAGUGGAUGCUUGAGAAUGAUAUAAGUGAGAUUUUGGACCUUACAUUCAGUAUUGAUGCUGAUGAGGAGCAGCUUAUAUUGUAUGAGAGGACAGAAGUAACUGACCAUGAACUCAUUCCUGGUGGACGCAACAUUAAAGUCACAGAGGAUAAUAAACACCAGUAUGUUGACUUAGUUGCUGAGCAUCGGUUGACAACUGCUAUUCGUCCUCAAAUAAAUGCUUUCAUGGAAGGAUUCAAUGAAUUAAUUUUGAGGGAUUUGAUAUCCAUAUUCAAUGACAAGGAACUAGAGUUGCUGAUAAGUGGGCUUCCAGAUAUAGACUUGGAUGACAUGAGGGCAAAUACGGAGUAUUCUGGAUAUAGUGGUGCAUCUCCCAUUAUACAAUGGUUUUGGGAGGUUGUUCAAGGGUUCAGCAAGGAGGAUAAGGCUCGCCUUCUACAGUUCGUGACCGGCACCUCAAAGGUGCCUUUGGAAGGCUUCAGUGCACUUCAAGGGAUCUCAGGUUCACAAAAGUUCCAAAUACACAAGGCAUAUGGAAGCCCAGAUCACUUGCCUUCUGCUCACACUUGUUUCAAUCAGUUGGAUUUGCCAGAGUAUCCAUCAAAAGAGCAUUUGGAAGAGAGAUUACUGCUUGCGAUUCAUGAAGCCAAUGAAGGGUUUGGUUUUGGUUAAAUUUUGCAAUUAGGCAUCAAAGAAUGAAUAGCUAUGUAGAUAGGCAACAUUAUACGUCACAGGCUAUCAUGCUUUAAGAUGCCCAGUUGUUAAUAUAUUGUACAGUUCAGUAUUGGAUUAUGGAAAAUGUUUCUGGCAGUUUUUAA